CUGGGCCUGUGGCGUCAUCUUUUUCACCCUCCUGGCUGGCUCUCCCCCUUUCUGGCACCGCAAACAGAUGUUGAUGCUUCGGAUGAUCAUGGAAGGCCAGUAUCAGUUUGGUUCUCCGGAGUGGGACGACCGAUCCGACACAGUCAAGGAUUUGAUCUCCCGACUGUUGAAGGUAGAUCCUGUCGAAAGGUUGAGUGCUGAGCAGGCACUGCAGCACCCCUUUUUCCAGCGCUACGGAAAGGAGCAGCGGCAUUUCAGCCCCUUCCAUAAAUUCAGGGUCAUUGCGUGGACAGUGCGGGCUUCCAUCCGCAUCUACUCCAGCUAUCGGCGGGUGCGCCCGGUCACAAAGGAGCUGCUGCUGUGCGACCCCUAUUCCCUCAAGGGAGUGCGCAAGCUGAUCGACGCUUGUGCCUUCCGAAUCUACGGGCACUGGGUCAAGAAGGGCGAGCAACAGAACCGGGCUGCCCUCUUUGAAAACGUGCCAAAGGCCAUCCAGCUGGUCUUGCUAGGCACAGAAGGCGAGGAGGCCCCGUCGUCAGCGGUGGAAGACCCUCUCAACUAGAGAGAUGCCUUCCAGUCCCCGUGAAACAGCACGGGGUGAUCCCUGGAUGCUGAGGGGCAGGGGCUGUACACGGAACUGAACCUUAUCCUUGCCCCAUUAGGGGUGGACAGCCAAUGGUUAGAGUCCUCCUUUGGGUUCCUCGUGCAUGGAAGAGACUGACUUUCUAGGGAACAGGAAUUUGGGGGAACCUUGAAUUUUGGACUGAUGGGACAAGAUUCCCCGAUUAUACCUGGAAGGUUGUUCUGGACCCGGGUAGGGCUAAUAUCACACCAAUGGUGUUGGUCCAAAGGGAGGGGCUGGGGAGAGCAACAUGCUUCUGCUGCAAGACCCGGAGCCCCUGACGUAGCCCUUUGCGCUGUAAGGACCGUUCAGGGGGUCUCAUCCGUCAGUGCAGUCCCUUCGGCUGAAGGAACAGUCCGUGUCUCUGGAUUUGGUCAGUACUGGAGAUCAGUUGUGGGAUCAGGUUUUGCAUCUGUCCUUUUUGCUGCAAUCAGGUAGUGGACGUGGCCUUCCUGCUGAACUGCUUCUCGGUUUGUUGUUGUUGUUGUCUGCCUUCCCCCCACCUUACGAUUGUCCAGACUAUAAUAAAAGUUGAAAUGAGACACC